AUGGCGUUAGCAGAUGUGCCCGGCCGCGUGCUGGACUACUUGGGACUGCGGCCGUCGCUGGGCACAGCAGGCCUGGAGCCCGUGUCAUGGGAGGUCGCAGCGGCGCUCGCCACCGCUGCAGCGCUGUUCUUUGCUUACUGGGUGCUUUCGAGGCGUGCAAACUUUGACUUGGACAAGAUUCCUGGGCCCUGGCCCAAGGCGCUGCCAGUCGUCGGCAACGUGCUGCCCUGCCUGCGCCCAGACUUCCACAGAGUCCUGACUGAGUGGUCCGACCAGUAUGGCGGCAUCUACCGACUCAAGUUCCUCUGGCGCGAGGCUCUCGUGGUGACAGGUGCGCUGCCGCCGCUGCCGCUGCCGCUGCUGCUGCUCCUGCCGCUGCUGCUGCCGCUGCUACUGCUGCCGCCGACGCCGCCGCUGCUGCUGCUGCUGCUGUUGCUGCCGCUGCUGCCGCUGCUGCUGCUGCUGCUGCUGCUGCUGCUGCUGCUGCUGCUGCUGCUGCUGCUGCCGCCGCCGCCGCAAGGCGGGAUGGCGUACGAGCAUGCGCUGCAGCAGACAGCGAGUGGAAUGUGCGAGCCCCACGGCCAGCCCAACCUGCUGACCGCGCCGGCCGACGAGAAGUGGAAGGCGAUCCGCAAGGGCGUGGCCGUCUCGUUCGCGUUCCAGAACAUCAAGAAGAAGUUCCCCAUGGUGGUCAGCCGCGUGAAUGAGCUCAUCUCACGCCUGGCGGUGCAGGGCCCCGGGGCCUCCAUUGACGUGGACCAGGCUGCGCUGCGGGUGACGCUGGACAUCAUCGGACUGGCCGGCUUUGGCCAUGACUACGAGAGCGUCAAGCAGGACGUCCCCCCAUACGACCACCUGCUGCGCGUGCUGCCGCGCUGCUUCACGGAGGUCAUGCUGCGGAUCGCCAACCCGGUGCGCGAGCUGGCGCCUGGCAUGUUCAAGACCGGCCCCAAGGGUGCUGUCGCCUUCAAGGUGUUCCAGGAUCAGAUGAGGUUCCUGCUGAACAAGGUCAGGCAGGACGGGCAGCCGGCCGACGACAACAUGGACAUCGGGGCCCAGGUCUUGCCCUGA